AUGAUUUAUUGCAUAUCGUUUGUGUGCUUUAUUUCACUCACUGCUUUUGGAGAAAAAUUACAAGAACAACAAAAUCUGCAGUCGAUUUGGAAAGAGUUGGAAAAAUUGAAAGAGAUUGAUUUUCUGAAAGAACGUACACUGGCAUUGGAAAAUGAGGUUAAGGGAUUAAAACUCCAAAAUUACAACCUUAACCAAAAGGUUGAAACGCUGGAAAGACGAUGUGCGGUGCACUCUGUAGAGGAUGUUGAAAGAACAGAAAAAACUGGUACCAUGGCCAACACGACAAACAAUCACAGCUUUUCUUUCAACAAGACUUUUGAAUCAAGGAAACGAACUUCUAAACUAAAUCGCCAGAGAAGUAUUCUACCAAGACAGGUCUCCAUCCAAACACAUAUAGCGUUUACAGCAGGAGUAUCGGUUCUAAAUCUUCAUAAUUUAGGUAUAAAUCAAGCUAUUAUAUUUGAUCAUGUCAUCACAAACAUUGGCAAUGCUUACCAUCCACAUACUGGGACUUUUAUUGUCCCGGUUAAAGGCGCAUAUGCUAUAACGCUAACCAUGACUGUUGAACCUAACAAACUUCAAUGGCUUGAGUUAAUUGUUGACGGUGGUUCCACAUACUAUAUAUCUGCUGGCCAAGCGGAUGCUAGGAACUACGCUUCUACAACAAAACAAUGGAUCCUAGAGCUGCAUACCGGAUCAGAAGUGUGGGUCAGGAAGAAAGGUGCUGCCCACACUGACCUCAACGGAUUUAUGAAUACAAUCAUAUCUGGCUAUCUCUUGUUCCAGACGUAACAAUUUAUUACAUGUAUUAAACUGGGUUUUACACGGUAAUACAACAUAUUUUCUGAUGCCGAUCUGUUGUUUGUUUACUUUUAGAAAUAGUAUAGGACGAUCCAGCGAUAUGUUUAUAUAAAAAACUGUGUAUGUAGUAGCUAAUUAGUAUACAAAUU